AUGGUGAUACACGCGGGAAGAUAUAUAGCUAAUGGUCUUGGAAGAUUGACCUCUGGGACCAAGAUUGUAACCCAGUGUGCUACAAUCUUCCUCACUAAAAAGAAAGCGUAUAUUACAUGCCAUUUCUUCCAUAGUGAAACACGCUGCAUUAGAAAAGAAAGGAAUUUUGUGAAAUUUCUUGGUCCGCUAAAAUCCCAGAAGAUAGAUAAAUUCGUAAAAUUUAUUACCUCACACAUGAUGAUUUCUUUGAACAUUUUUCGGAAGAGGUUAGCGGGCCCGCAUGACCAGCGGUGCUGUUGGUAUCGAGUUCCGAAAUUCACCGAUAAGUCACCAACAAAAAGGAAUUUCCAGCCCUUGAGGCUAGCCCUAACUGCCAAGUCCAUAUCCUCCACUGUGGUUCUGUCCUUCCAGCCGCCAGCGUCAUGCAGUGCUUUGAUACGCCAGACGCCGGCAGUUCCUAAAAUUCCAGUUGUUCAUAAUCAUGAUACUUAUAGUUCGUAUUUCAAGAAUAUAAAACCAUAUGAGUUCUCGACAAGUGACAAACCAUUGAAGCCGAAGAACGAGCAAGUGGAGGAGCCAACUUCCUGCUCCACACUGAAGGAUCUGAACCAACACCUUGGGGUAGUUCCUAUUCAUCUCGAGAUAAACCGCAAAGCGCAAAAGGGGGACGAUAAUUGGAACCCGUAUAGAGUCCCACAUCUUAUUGAGACGUCUCACUGGAUCAUAGUUCUCGAUUCGGCUUUAAAUAGGCACCACAGGGGAACACAGCUGCAUCAUCCGCGCAUAUAUCCCGUCUGCAUAUUUUUUUCAACAAAUGCAAACGAUACCUUUGCUCCACCACUCUCCACUCGUCGAGAACCGAGGCAGAUGGGCGGCCAGAGGCUGGUUGUCGGGAAAGCCGUUCAUUAA